CAUACGGGAACUUGGUAACGGUGGCACUGAGAACCGAGUCCUGACUGGAACAUUUACAUGCUUUUGUCUUUGUACAUUUGCCUUGUAUUUUUACCAAGCAAGCUCCAAUGGCAUCGAGAAUUACUAUCAUCAUCCUCUUUCAUGUAUUUCUCUCUUUAAAAUUGCAUACUGCAAAAGCACAAGCAUGGAUCAAAGCUGGCUAUUGGUUUUCUGGCAGUGACCUCCCAAUUUCUGACAUAAAUUCUACCCUCUAUACUCACCUUAUUUGUGCUUUUGCUGGCCUUAAUUCAUCUUCGUAUCACCUGUCUAUCUCCUCCUCAGAUGACCAAUUCUUCUCUGCCUUCACAAACACCGUAAAACAGAAGAAUCCAUCGAUCACUACCUUACUAUCCAUUGGAGGAGGAAGCGCAAACUAUUCAACACUCUCUGCAAUGGUAGGCAAUUCUACUUACAGGAAGUCUUUCAUAGAUGACUCAAUAAAAAUAGCGAGGCAUUAUGGCUUUCAAGGGCUAGACUUCAGCUGGGUUUCGGCCAACACAAGCGAUAACAUGGACAGUAUGGGUACCCUCUUCGAAGAGUGGCGUGCUGCUAUUGCUUUGGAGAGAAGAAAGUCUAGCCUGUCAGAACUCAUCCUGACAGCAGCGGUUCAGUACUCGCCAAGACUGGAUUCCGGGAGUUUCCCUAUAGACUCUAUACGGAAGAAUUUGAAUUGGACUCAUGUGCUGGCUUUUGACUACUACAUGCCUACAUGGGCUAAAUUUACGGCUGCUUUUGCAGCUUUGUAUGAUCCUGAUAGUGAUGUUAACACUGAUUUUGGAAUAGCAGCAUGGAUUAAUGGAGGAUUACCGGCUAGUAAGUUGGUUUUAGGUUUGCCUUUCUAUGGUUAUGCGUGGAAACUUGCAAACCUGAAUGAAAGUGCCAUUGGCGCACCAGCAACGGGACCAGCCGUUACAGAAGAUGGAGACCUGAGCUAUAAAGAUAUCAAUAAUUAUUUCAAAACAAACGGAAGAGUUAAUCCUAUCUACAAUUCCACUUAUGUGGUAAAUUACGGCAUCGUAGGGCCAGCUUGGAUUAGUUUUGAUGGUGUCGAUGUUGUUAGAACUAAGGUUUCUUAUGCCAAGGAGAAGGCCCUCCUCGGAUAUGUUGUAUGGGAAGUCUCUUAUGAUGACAACUGGGUACUCUCUCAAGCAGCUGGGGCGGUUGACUCAGCUGGGGGGGGUGACUCAGGUGGAGGGGUUGAUCUCAAACACGAAGGACGACCAAAAUCCCGUAUAUUGAUUAUCAUCUUGACAACAACUGCUGCUGUUAUUAUUCUACUGGGCUUGGCAUUUUAUUUCAUAAGAAAUAGAAUCCUCAAAUCAAAGAGUAAAGAAACAAAGUUGAAAGUAAAUAAUGCGGCGGCAGCAGGCGACUUCGACAGCAAUAAUCCUGAUCUGAUAGUAUAUAGUUUGGCAGAUAUUGAGAAAGCUACAGACCAGUUUGCAUUUGAAAAUAAGCUUGGGGAGGGCGGAUUUGGCCCUGUUUACAAGGGUGUCUUACCAGGUGGACAAGAAAUAGCAGUGAAAAAACUUUCGAAAUCCUCUACUCAAGGAUUUGAUGAAUUCAAGAAUGAGGUUAUGCUCACUGCAAAAUUACAACAUGUAAAUCUCGUGAAAGUUUUGGGAUUUUGCGUUGAGAGAGAAGAGAAGGUGCUGAUCUAUGAGUACAUGCCAAAAAAAAGCCUGGACUCUUACCUAUUUGAUCCGAUUAGGCGAUAUUUGUUGGAUUGGAAGAGAAGGGAAGAAAUCAUUGAAGGGAUUACUCAAGGCCUUCUAUACCUCCAAGAAUAUUCGAGACUGACAAUUAUCCACCGAGACUUGAAAGCCAGCAACAUUUUACUGGAUGGGGAUAUGAAGCCUAAGAUAUCUGAUUUUGGUAUGGCUAGAAUUUUCACAAAAGAUGAACAAGAAGCAAACACUAGCCGGCUUGUUGGGACAUACGGUUAUGUUCCUCCGGAAUACGUCAGAAACGGCGUGUAUUCCAUAAAAUCUGAUGUUUACAGUUUUGGAAUAGUACUACUGCACAUCAUAAGCGGCAAGAAGAAUGGCUCUUUGUAUGGUUCUGAUGAAACUUUAAGCCUCCUAGAAUACGCUUACGAGCUGUGGAAAGAUGGUAAAGGCAUGGAGAUCAUGGAUCCAUCGCUGGAUGAUACAUUGUCCUCUUGUAAAUUGAUCAAAUGCUUGCAAAUUGCACUGCUAUGUGUCCAAGAAAAUCCUAUUGAUAGGCCGUCUAUGUUGGAAGUUUCUUCAAUGCUAAAAAACGAAACUGCCAUUGUGACCAUUCCCAAAAGGCCUGCUUUUUCUGUGAAGACAGAUGAAGAUGACAAAAACAGACCUGAGCAAUUGCACUUAAAGAUUUGUUCAGUUGAUGAUGCAACAAUUUCGCAAGUCGUCGGGCGAUGAGGAAGUACUUUCUUGCAGACGCUUUAAGCAAAUGCUAAAUCUGUUUACAGACUUGAACAGCAAGCUCGUUGUGUUUUUUCUAGAUUAUUAUCAGAAAUUUACAGUAAAAGUUUGACGGCAUGCACAUUGUUAAUGGAAUCAAACAACUCCGAGGCUUGCCUCUGUAAGAAUUGAUUCAGGAUUUGCAACUUAACUAUAAUGCCAUGCAAUAUGCCUCUUUCCACUAA